CCACGCUUCAAAAUCACGUUCGCGAAUUAAUAACAAAUCGGCAAUAUAUAUUACCGAUUUAUACAAAUAAUUGUGCGUUAAAUGCAUUUGUAAGCAAUGCCGUAUAGUAAUUAUAUACUGUUGAACAUCUAGAAGUGCAAAAUAGACGGCUUAAGCAGAUGCGAAAAAAUAGAGACGAGAACGAGAACGCCACACAACACAUACACGACGCUCAGGCUGGCUGUCAGACGUAGCGAGUCGGUCGGUCGGUCGGUUGAAGAGGCCAAGAGUUUUUACGGGCGAAAUUCGAGUAAAAAUUACGUUUUUUGCACUGAAAAAAGUCGGCUAGUGCAAAUAUCAGUGCUGUGUAUUCGUGCGCACUCGAAAAGUGGCAAUAAAAUGUGCAAUUGUGCGGCUAGCUAAAAGCUUAAAUGUAAAUUGGAUACCCGCAAAACCGCUAGACAACAACAAUAUGGAAACGCUGGAGUUGAAUUAAACAUAAAAAAAUAACAAAAAUAAAAAACCAAAACCUAACAAUAGCAAUAAAAACGCUUGCAAAAUUAUUUUAUACAUGCUCCUCCGGUGCUCAGUGCUGCUAAUUUUGGGCAGAGGAGAGUUUAAUCUCGGGCAGCGGUGCGCUGCCAACAGGAAGGAAGAGGAAGCAUAAUCCACUCUAACUUAUCCGCAGGCCGCAGCUAAAUAAUAUAUAUAAAAAUAAAAAAAAUAAAUACAUACUACAAACACGGUUAUUUGUUGUUGUUCCGUUCGUCGUUCUUGGACAACCAUCAAGUAUCAACAAUAAAGUAACAACACCAACAACAAGCAGCAGCAACCAACAACAACAAUGUACCCCCAACCGGUGCGUCACCCCGCCGCCGGGGGACCACCACCUCAGGGCCCAAUCAAAUUUACCAUUGCCGAUACAUUGGAGCGCAUAAAGGAGGAGUUCAAUUUUCUGCAGGCGCAAUAUCACAGCAUCAAAUUGGAGUGCGAGAAGCUGGCAACAGAAAAGACAGAAAUGCAGCGCCAUUAUGUUAUGUACUAUGAAAUGUCCUACGGCCUUAAUGUGGAAAUGCACAAGCAAACGGAAAUCGCCAAGCGUCUAAACACACUGAUCAAUCAGCUACUUCCAUUCCUACAGGCCGAUCACCAGCAGCAAGUGCUGCAGGCGGUAGAACGUGCGAAGCAGGUCACAAUGCAGGAGUUGAAUCUGAUCAUAGGGCAUCAGCAGCAACAUGGAAUACAACAACUUUUACAACAAAUACACGCACAACAGGUGCCUGGAGGGCCGCCACAGCCGAUGGGCGCACUGAAUCCAUUUGGCGCCUUAGGUGCCACAAUGGGCCUGCCACAUGGUCCACAGGGUUUGCUCAAAGCGCCGCCAGAUCAUCACAGGCCGGAUAUAAAGCCAACUGGAUUGGAGGGACCAGCGGGCGCCGAAGAGCGUUUGCGCAAUUCGGUUUCACCAGCGGAUCGUGAGAAAUAUCGUACCCGUUCGCCCCUGGACAUUGAGAAUGACCCGAAGCGUUUAAAAAAUGAGAAACUGCAAGACGAUGAAGGCGAGAAAAGCGAUCAAGAUUUAGUCGUAGAUGUUGCAAAUGAAAUGGAAUCCCACUCACCACGACCCAAUGGCGAGCACGUGUCCAUGGAGGUUCGCGAUCGUGAGAGCUUAAACGGCGAGCGUCUGGACAAACCGGGAAGCAGUGGCAUUAAACAAGAACGGCCGCCCUCACGUUCCGGCUCCAGUUCGUCGCGUUCCACACCCAGCCUCAAGACAAAAGAUAUGGACAAGCCGGGUACACCGGGAGCGAAGGCACGUACACCGACACCAAACGCUGCCGCACCAUCUCAGGGCCCAAAUCCUAAACAAAUGAUGCCACAAGGUGGCCCGCCGCCGGCUGGGUAUCCAGCGUCGCCGUAUCAGCGACCGGCCGAUCCCUAUCAGCGUCCGCCAUCGGAUCCCGCCUAUGGACGACCGCCGCCAAUGCCGUACGAUCCGCAUGCGCAUGUACGAACAAACGGCAUUCCACAUCCCUCGGCACUAACUGGUGGAAAGCCUGCAUACUCUUUCCAUAUGAACGGCGAGGGCAGCUUGCAGCCGGUGCCUUUCCCGCCGGAUGCGUUGGUGGGCGUCGGCAUACCGAGACAUGCGCGGCAAAUUAAUACGUUAUCACAUGGCGAGGUCGUGUGUGCGGUUACAAUUUCAAAUCCUACAAAAUACGUUUAUACGGGCGGCAAGGGUUGCGUCAAGGUGUGGGACAUCUCGCAGCCGGGCAACAAAAAUCCCGUUAGCCAGCUGGAUUGCCUGCAGCGCGAUAAUUACAUACGCUCAGUGAAACUGCUGCCGGAUGGACGCACACUUAUUGUCGGUGGCGAGGCAUCGAAUCUAUCCAUAUGGGAUUUGGCCAGUCCAACGCCACGCAUUAAGGCCGAGCUAACCUCAGCGGCGCCUGCAUGUUAUGCGCUCGCCAUCAGUCCCGAUUCGAAGGUGUGCUUCUCAUGCUGCAGCGAUGGCAACAUUGCCGUUUGGGACUUGCACAAUGAGAUACUGGUGCGUCAGUUCCAGGGCCACACGGACGGUGCUUCUUGCAUUGACAUUAGUCCGGAUGGCUCGCGAUUAUGGACUGGUGGCCUGGAUAACACUGUGCGCUCGUGGGAUUUGCGCGAGGGUCGUCAACUACAACAACACGAUUUCAGUUCUCAAAUAUUCUCGCUUGGCUAUUGUCCAACAGGUGACUGGCUGGCCGUUGGCAUGGAGAAUUCACAUGUGGAAGUAUUGCAUGCAUCAAAACCGGACAAGUAUCAGCUGCAUUUGCACGAGAGUUGUGUGCUGUCGCUGCGAUUUGCCACCUGCGGCAAAUGGUUCGUUUCCACCGGCAAAGACAACCUGCUUAACGCAUGGCGAACACCUUACGGUGCCAGUAUAUUCCAGUCAAAGGAAACAUCAUCCGUACUUAGCUGCGACAUAUCAACUGACGACAAAUAUAUUGUGACGGGUUCGGGCGAUAAGAAGGCUACUGUCUAUGAAGUUAUUUAUUAAAUGAAAAAACACACACACAUACACAACAGAGGAAAUCCACACUUUUCAUUUUGUAAUAAGCGCAUAUAGGUUUUUAUUACAACUACAAAAAGAAAACAAACAACACACAAGAGAAGAAUACACAACCCAUGUUCGAUAGCUAGAAACAACAAGAACAACACGAACAUAAGCAUCAACAGAAAGCAGAGCAACGGCAGCAGCGCCAUGCAUAAAAGAGAGCGAAGCAAAAAGAAAAAUUCUAUAAUAUAAAUAUAUUAAAACAAAAACAAACAAGAAAGAAAAGAAAAAUCUAAAAAUUUAAGCGUACUUCUAGCUACUAAGCUUAAGCUAAGUCCAAUAAAAAGUUGAACACAAUUUGAAAGUAAAACAAAAAGAAAUCUAAACGUAAAGCAAAAUAAUAAUACGAGAACAUAAUAAUAUUGUAAUAAUAAUGAUGCAAAGCGAGAAAAUGGAAAAACUAUAAAUAACAAACAAACAAAAAAUACUAAAAACAAAAAAAAAAUUGAGAAUGAAAACGAGAGUAAUAACAGUCGGCGUUACCUACCACGCUCAUCAAAAAGAAAUAAGUGCUGGGUGAGGAUUCCACCCAGCAUGGAUUAGUCAUUGCAGGAGCGUUGAGAUUAUAAUUACCAGAUGAGUUACAAGAUUGUCAGAUAUGAGAUGUGAGUGCUUUUAGUUCGUCGUAUGUGUUUAUAAGUCGGCAGCGAAGUUUUUGAUAAAACAGAAACCAGAAAUGAAACAAACACAGAUCGUAAAUCAAUAAUGCAAAUGCAAAAACAAAAUUCUAAGUUUUAGUUUGUCAAUUUGUUUUAAAUUAGUGACUGCUACCCUCCUCUAUACUGUCCCAGACUCUUCCUUCCUUCCACUUUGCAUACAAAACACACACCCACAAAAACACAUUUGCAUGCAGAAAAAGAGUAUAUAUAUACAUAUAUAUAUAUUUAUGAGUGUAUAUAUAUACAUAUAAAUAUAAAUGAAUAUAAUAGUAAGCAGUUUAGUUAAGAAUUUUACAUUAUAAAUUAAUACACAACAAACGAAGCGCCGCCAGCACACAAAAAUAUUCCCCAUAGCCCUUAAAACACACACCCACAACUCUCAGUCCCCCUUAGUACACACAACCAUCUAAAUCGGGAGGCGCCAAAGCAGCCAGUUUAUUUUGAGAGAGAGAAAAACGCAACCCAACAAAACCAAUAACCAACUGUAAAAUCCUAUGUUUUGUGCAGCUAAAACAACAACAGGAAAAACAAAAGAAAAGAAAACAAAAUAACACUUGUUUACACAUUAGUUUAUAUAGAAAUGAAUCGUAUAUAUAGUAUAUGUAUGUAUAUGAAUAUAUAUGCAAAAUAUAUAUUAUAUAUAGAAUGUGGGCACAUCUCGCGCCCAGCGAAACAUUGUAAUAAGCAAAACAAAACAAAAAAGAAAACAGAAUAGAGUGCAGCACACGCUUCGAUUUUUAAUUUUACAAAUAUUAUUAUUAUUAUUGUGGUUAUAUAUGUAUAUAAUUAUAUUAUAAAUAAUUGAAGCAAAACGAAAAAGAAAAAUAAAAAAUUAUAUAUGUAAUCAAA